GAUAUCGUAAAAAAACAAGUGAGGUUUUCGAAACAGGUAUCUAAAUGCGAACUAACUGAAGAAAUUUGGUGAUUUGGAUGAUUCCAAACGAUCAUUUGGAUCCAAAAUCACCGUGUUCAUCUCCAUAUAUUAUUGUAUGAUCGAAAUUGCAUUGGAAUAGAGGAUGAUCAUAUUUCUGUUUUUGCUUGCUGAAUUUGUCGCUGUGGGGGCAGUACGAGACUGCGCUGAUGGCAACAAUGGCGGAUGCUCCCAAUACUGCAUUGAUAGGAGUGAUGGAAAUGAUCCUGUGUGUGGUUGCGACUGUUACUAUCAACUAGAUGGGGAUUCGGAGACAUGUGUUCCUAUUACUCCUUGUGGCGUGGAUAUAUUAUGGCUGAAUGAUUUCAGCUUUAAUGUUAUGAACUUAUGCGUUUUAAUUCAAAAUAAUUACGACACUGGAGUUGACUACACGCCGUUCAACGAUUGGAAAAAUACGGUCUCACAAUAUAUCACAGCUUUCAGUCCAGGAGUAGAGAAUGGAGAUUAUGUCGUCGGAACAAUGCUUAAUGGUAGAACACUCGACGUAACAAACGCGUAUGGCGCUCAGACAUCGACAACUACACUGGCAUCAGAAAUUUCGAGCUUAACUAAAGAUGAUAUAUGCGGAAGCAGCAAUGUUAUUCAGGCCCUCUAUAAAACUUUCGACAGUGGAGCAGCCAAUACUGUAGUUCUUGCACCCAGUGGUGCGAACGACGAAACAACUACGACGAGAGUCGCCGUUGUGGGCCUGGUGUCUCCAGCUUCCACGGCACUUGAUAGUGUACUGGAUAAUUACAUAUAUAAGAUACAUGAAUACUACGAUCAAGUUUUUGUCUACGGUCGCACUGAUCAGUCUACACUCGACCCUAUCUUGGCACCAAGAUAUGAACCGCAACUUAGAUUUUUAGCCUGCAACGACAGCACAUCGACCAACUGUCCUUACCUAUUUUAUUCCGACGCUGUUAACGACAAUGGAGCAAAUUUCGACAGUGCUACGGUUCUUCCAAUGAUUGAUACAUCUGCCUGCAUUUCUAGAAAAACCGUUAAUGUUCAUUCAGUUUCCUGUGGAAUCAACGAAGUAACGAUCACUAUACCAUCUUGCCUUCUGGGAGGUCUCAACAAAGCAGAUCUUGUUUUAAAUGACGUCAGUUGUACUGGAGAUACGAAUGCAGUGCUUUCUGGAACUGACAUAGUUUUUACGCUUAAUCUUGAUGCUUGCUCAUGGGCAUUAACAAGCACAACAGUCAACAACAUUGAGUAUGCCAAAUACACCCAGACAGUAGUUACAAAAGAUUACGGAGUGUCGAGCAAUGUUAAGCAAGUAAGCUUUGAAAGUUCAUGCACGUACCCACGUUACACCGAUGAACAGCUCGGAAUAGUGAAUCCCGCAGUCCCGUCACUCACGGACGCAGUAUCGGUUAUCGGAGCAUUUACUGUUGACCUUGCUCUGUACCAAUCUAGUUCAUACACAACUGCCUAUACAUCAGGAGACUUCCCAGUGACUCUUAAUGUAAUGGAUCGCAUCUAUUUCUCCGUGACUUCGACACUUCCAACCGGCCUCAAAGCAAUAUUAAAAGACAUCGUAGUUACUACAGAUACAGACAAAGCCUCUUCACCUUCCCAUAGUAUACUGACAAGCCAGUGUGCUGAUGACACCACAUUCACCCUGGGAACUACCACCGAUACAGAAGUUCAGUUUUCCGUCAUCAUGUUUGAAUUUGCCACAACUGGCUCAGCAGCCAAUGGUGCUAAAGACCCGCUUUAUUUCCACGUUACAACUUACAUUUGUGAGACUACCGACACAUCAGCUGCUUGUACACAGUCUUGUGCAGCCGGUAGAAAGAAACGUGACGUAUCGGAUGCUGAUGUUCCGGUGGAGCACAGAACGAUAGGUCCAAUAUACACAGUACCAAAAGAAGGUUCAAAGACAAAGCAGGACGUACAUAAGAAAGUGAUAGAUCGCACUGCUACAAACUUGGGAAAUAAUAAGGACGAAACCGGCGUUCAUUUGACAACAUACGAGAUUUAUCUGCCUUCUCCAAGUCUUGGUGUUCUAUGCUAUUGGAUUCUUUUGUUGGCGUCUACAGCUCUAAUGUUUUAUCUGAUAUCAAAAUUUUUCUUCAAAAAUCAUCAGAAUACAUUCAAUGCUCCUGCACCAUGGAACAACUUCGGGAUUCCGACUGCGGUCAAGGGCUAAUCGAACUCUUCAUGAUGAAAUGAAGAUUAUGGUAGUCAAGAUAACAACAUGUAACAAUGGUAGAAACUAUAAUAUAUAUUAAGUUCAAUUGUUCUAUUUUAACCAUGGCUAUUUUAUUUUUUUCCCGAAUUUUCAAUUUCAAAGUACUUGUAAAUUAUAUAUCGUCCCAUCCUAAUAUCACCUGUAGGCCUAGAGCUACAUAUAUAUUGUUUAUUCGUUCGAGAACUUUUAAAUACAGAUGAAAGUCAAAUUAAAAAGUGGUGUUCAAACUAGGUGACAAUUUGUCACGGCUCCAUUUACGUUUACUUCUGCAAAUGGCCCCAUAAAGUACAAUACCGUGACGUAACAGUGCUCAUUCUUGCUAGUCAGUUUGUUUAAAUACAACACAUCUCAGUGCUUACAACUGGCACAUCACGGCCUACAAAUUUCUUUAUUGUUGAAAUUAUAUUCACUGUGGCAUUGGUUUGACAGCAUGCCAUAGUGACGGAGUGGCUUGCGAUUGUAGAGAUGUCACAAUUCAAAUUAUACAGUCGUAGUUUUAUAUUCAAGAGUAUUUAAUUAGAUGGUAUUACGUAUUAACAUUUAUUCAUGUUUAACUGCUUGUAAUAAAUGGCACCGAAAGAUG